AUGGAUACUGUCAAUGUUGCCGAAUUGGUGGAGCGUCUGGGGAGCGACGAAGAUGCCGUGCGCAAAAUGGCCGUCUUCAAGCUCCAGGGCAACAUCGGCGACCCAUCCUUCGCCGACAUCUUUAUUGUCGAGGGUGGAUUGACGCGCCUGCGAUACCUGACUCUACACGCAAGUGGAAAUACUCUUGCGUACAGUCUUACCAGUUUCGCGCGCUUGCUUGAGGUCGACAAGGGUUGGGAGUGUGUUGAUCAGGAGUUGGUUGAACGAAUUGUCGAAUUGAUUGUCACCCAUCCCCUCGUUAACAUCCUCCGCGGCGCCAUGUCCAUUCUCGUCUCCAUUGUCUCACAUCCACACACGGGGAGUCGCGCCUCCGAAGCAGACCUGUUCGGUUUCAGGGCCCUCAAACCAGCCAUUGCUAUCUAUCCUCAGUUCUUGGAGAUGCUGGUGAGUCGGCUGUCCUCGGCCGACCACGCGUUGUGCGCCAAUGCGCUUCAGUUGAUCAACUCCCUCAUGCGCGACUCAAUCACUUUCGACUCCGAGGCCGAGUGGCCCAAGUUUAUUCAGAAACUGCAAGACCUCGGGGUGAUCCGAGCGGUCUAUGUUCUCAUGCAGGACUCGGCUCUCCAAGAUUUGGCACACCCGCUUCUCGAAUUCCAAUCGCUCACAAAGGUGCUUCUUCGCAAGUGGAGGGACAUUCCCCUGAACCAAGAGAAACCGGAGCAUCGCAGAGCCCUGAAGGGGAUUUACCUGGCUAGCAACCCGACAAAGGGUGGCGUUGACGAGACCUCGGAAAAUGGCGAUGAUACGCGGCGCUCCAAGCGACACCACCCAGACAAGUGGCGCCGAUUGGGAUUCGAGUCGGAGAGUCCUGCGGCUGAGUUCCACGAGGUGGGAUUCUUGGGUAUGAUGGAUUUGGCGGACUAUGUUCGUAGCCACCAGGACGAGUUCCAAAAGAUGCUCCUAGAGCAGUCCACCAAGCCAGCACGCCAACGGUGCCCGAUUGCCCAGGCCUCGUUGGCCGUGACCUCUAUCUUGUACGAACACUUUGAGGUGGACAAGUCUGAGAUGGAUGAUUCAAAGAACUACAUGAUGUUGGAAUCACGGUCCAACUUUGAUAAGCUGUUCAAGCCUCUGCUUCUACACUGGACGCGAUUGCAUGUCGCAGGGUUACAGGCCUUUUUCCGCCUGUGGAAAGCCACUGCGGCGGAGUCUGAGGAUCUGGACAAGCUUGUCGAGCUGGUUCGCAUUUUGAUCGAGUCUGUGGUAGGCGGUGCCGGUCGGACGAAGGAUGUGCAGGAUAUCGAGGAGGAGUUGGCAAAUUAUGAGUACCAUCGACUCCGAGAGCUGCAAAUGGAGCUCCUCGAGCUCACUUAUGAGGAUGCAUGGGGCCAGCACUUACGCCAAGUUCGCGAUGAACUCCACCAUGAAGCGCUGCAAUUUGUCAAAGAGCAGCGUAUUCGAUGCCUACUUCAAGGCGCCUGGUUCUCCAUGGAGCCUUCCUCCAAGACGGAGACGGGGGCUGCUGCUCGGUCCACUGCCUCGCAUCAAUAUGUUCAAUUGUCUCAUAACCGGCGGUAUCUUCACUUUGGGGAGUUUGAUUCGGUGGGCGAUCGAGCCCCCGAGCUAGAUGCUUUACCAGAAAAGAUUGAUCUGUCCACCGUCUCGUCUGUAGUCUCCAAUGUUUCUACUACUCCCGACCAUGCCUCCUCGGCCACUGUGAAAACUGCACCCCGCCAGGCUUCCACCAAAAUUACCAUUCAUGGCUAUGCGCAAUCAUCAACAGGCCAUUCCAAGAGUCACACUCAUACACGAACGGGCAGCAAGUCCACUGGGAAGGAAGUGGUUCUUCUGACUCUCCGACCGGCUUCCCACAGUGUGGCAUCCGAGUGGUUGGACGGCCUCCUGAUGCUUCUCAACCAGCAACCUAUCACAUCCGAGACGACCAAGCUCAUUGAUCUUGUUGGCAACUAUGGACUGAAGAUUCGACUGCUGAAUGUUCGAUUUGACGAUGCUACCUUUGCGGGUGAAGCCCCUCCAGUGCCCGUGCGGGAUGGACUGGACGAGGAUUACUACUAUGAUGUCUUUGGAGGCGCAUAG